CAACGUGAGUCUCCAACGGCGAACGUCUGCCGGUUGAAAACGCGAUUUUUCCAAAAUUUUAAUCAUGAGGCAAAAUCGGUAACGAAAAAUCGGAAUUUUUUUUUUAAAAAGGGAGACAAAGGGACAGUUAAGAAAAAAAUAAGGAAAUUUUUUUUUUUGAGUUAAAAGUGUGCAUACAAGGGUGGACCUUGAUGGUGUGGUGGUUCGCUGGGUGGGGAGAAAGUCGGGGGUGCUAGUGCAAAUGGUGGGGGUGGUCAAAGCGCGCGCAGAAACUCCCUACCCUUAAUUCUCUCGUAUAAGGGAUAGAUAAAAAAAAGUGUGUGAGAGAGAGAGAUUGAAGGAUAGAGGAGAAAAGGAGGUGGUGGGGGGCGUCGCGACGUCAGGCCCAGAGCUGGUCCGUCCGUCGUCCGGCCGACUCGGGAAGAUCGGAACCGCGAAUUUCGCGAGAUCUCUAUAGACACGCGAAUAUAUAGAAGCAUACACAUCGUUCGCGUCGUCGUCGCGCACACAUGCGACACGGACAAAAGACAACAAAUGUCCAACACGUACGCACACAUGCAACCACUCUCAUCGGACAGUGCCGUCGCGCGUACAAUCUUUGUCGCAUCGUCCGAUCGUGAUGAUAGAUCAUCAUGGAGAUGUGUAAUGAGGAAUUAAAAUACAAAUCAAGAAGGGGAGUAUAGUGCGAUCCUAGUGAUUGAUUCUCCCAAAAAUAAAAAGAAUCAAUCGAGAGAAGGAAAAAAGGAACAAAAAAAAAAAGGGUUAUCUCUAUGGAUUACGGAUUGAGUUGACCUGCAAAAGUUGUCCUCUAAACACGAGGACUAUCAGUUGUUAGUGCCAAAAUUUUUUUUUUGGAAAAGCCAAUCGAAGUAUGGAAGAAAAAUCGCGAAAAAUGUGUAUUUUUCCUAAAAUCUUGGAUAUACUCCGAAAAAGUGUAAAUGGUGUCUGACUUAUUUUUACAAGAAAUCAAAAGUUUCGAAUAAAUUAACAUCAUUUUCGUGAUAGUGUGAGACUUGAGGAUUUUUAUUUGUGCGUGAAGUUUAUAUUUUGAAAGGGACUUUUUUUUUUUGAAGAAAAGGCAUUUUAAUUUUGUUUUUUUUUUAAAUCAACUAUUGUCGUACCGACGGCACGAAUUUAGGUGGACGCGCCGAUCGGGAUAGGAGUGUCUAAUAAUAAUCAAGAGGGCAAAGAGGGAUGACACGGAGAAAGCAGGCUCGACCCAAUCGUGCCCACCUCGAGGACGAUUUUGUCCAGGGAUCUCUGGAGAUUUUUCCCCUGAGAACAUUCGAAAAUGAUACCCGAGAAGAAAAUGACUCAGCUUCGGAAGAUGAGGAAAGUGGAGGAGGAGGAGCGAUUGGCGAUGAGGCCGUUGAUCUUACGGCAACACGAUCCCAUCAUGGAGAUGAGGAUGAAAAGGACCCAGAAGAAUUACCAGUGGAGGAGGACGAGGAUGAAGGUGUUGAUGAACAGGAGGAGCAAGAUGAAGAUGAAGAAGGUUCCCGUAAACAAAUGCGUCAUCGUCAGGACGCGGAGAAUAAUAACAGCUUUGUUGAGGGUGGUCCAGCUGGAGGAAUAUUCCCACCAGCCGGUACUAGUCACGUCACCCUUGGAGCCCUUGAAAACACAAAGGUGGCAGUCGCUCAAUUUGCAGCAACAACUCCGGCGGGUGCUGGAGACGGCGAGGCAGUUUUACAAGAUUACGCUCUUUUAAAGAACACACUUUAUACCCUUCAACAUCAGCACGUUUUUCAACUUCAGCUGAUCAAUCAGUUAACUCAACAGCUAUCGGGAUCACAAACUGGUGCACAAAAUGUUGGAGAAUCAACUGCGUCAGACAGCAAAGAAACAUCACCGUCUCCAGUUAUAAAUCCUAAAUCUCAUUCAGUCCUCACAUCUCCCCCUCCUUCCAGACCACCCAGUCAUCAACAAUCAUCUCCCUCGCCUCACACUCCUAAUUUACCACAGGAACGGCCAGCUCCUGCAAACAGUGCUUCACCUGUCGGUGUAAUACUUCCCUCAACAACUGACACCACGCCAAUAACAACGUCCUGCAAUCAAACAAUGAGUCAUCAAAUGCCACCUCUCUGUUCAAUUAGUUCAUCAUUAGCGGCGUCAAUCAUCACAAACAAUGAUCCACCAUCUCUUAAUGAACCAAAUACCCUCGAGAUGCUUCAGAAGCGUGCACAAGAAGUACUCGACAAUGCAAGCCAAGGUCUUUUAGCGAACAAUCUUGCCGAUGAACUCGCCUUCAGAGGUAGUAAAGGUUCAAGACUAUCUCCCUAUGAUUCAAAAUCAGGUGGCGGUCGUGGUGAACCAUUCUUCAAACAUCGAUGUCGUUACUGUGGCAAGGUCUUUGGCAGCGACUCCGCCCUCCAGAUCCACAUACGGUCACACACAGGUGAGCGUCCCUUUAAGUGCAACGUCUGCGGAAGCCGAUUCACCACCAAAGGAAACUUGAAGGUCCACUUCCAAAGGCACACGGCCAAGUUUCCACACAUUAAAAUGAAUCCAAAUCCCAUUCCCGAACACCUUGACAAAUAUCAUCCACCUCUCCUUCAACAGCUCGCAAAUUCCGGACAAAGACCAUUACCCUCACCACCUCCACCCCCUCAUCAUCCUCCUUUUCAUCCCGCAGCAGCACACGGUUUUCUUCCACCACAACCUCCCUUACCUCUUAGUUUAACCAUGCCCGGUAUGUCGCCCAUUUAUCGACCUCCUCUUGUCAAUCAUCGAGAUGAUCAAGAUGUCCCUGAGAACCUCAGCAAGCCUAUAACAACGGCACGUGCAAUUUCUCCUCAUUCACCUAACACUCAAAAUUCUCAUAAUUCCUUUCUCGAUCAUCAACUUCCACCAAAACCACAAUUCGAACAGAGGGAGGAAAUAAAAAUGGAACAACCAUUACUGGAAUCAUUUCAGCAACAACCGUCCAGUCAAGAUAGUGGAGAACAAAUAACACCAAAACGAGAGCCAGAAGACGCUGACGAGCAACCUGAAGAUGAUGUCGAAGAAUUUGACGAAUCUAGAAAAUUUAUUAAUUCCUCACCAUCGUCAGCAAAUCCACCUUCCCAUUCUCAUCAAUACGAAGACUGUAGUAUGGAUAGUAAAAUUAGUGGGAGAUUGGAAGGUGAUGUUGACAUGGACGAGGAAAUGGAGGAACAACCUGAAAAUCUUUCAGGAAGAGGUCCCGGUAAUCUUUUAUCACAACAACCAUUUGCAUAUCCCGGUGCAUCACCAGCAAGUAGUAGUGCAAGUAGUGGAAGUCUUCAAACAUCAUUCGCCGGAAUUAUAUUCACUGGACCACCACCACCACCACAUCAACAAUUACCUCAUCAAAUUUCAACAACAACCCCAACAGGUUCCGUCAAUGAUAUGAUUAUUGAUCCAGCAAGAGAUCCAGCAAUUUAUUCAAGUCUUCUCCCCCGACCUGGAAGUAAUGAUAACUCCUGGGAAAGUUUAAUCGAAAUAACAAAAUCCUCCGAAACAAUGAAACUUCAACAAUUAGUCGAUAAUAUUGAACAUAAAUUAACUGAUCCCAAUGAAUGUGCAAUUUGUCAUCGAGUUCUCUCAUGCAAAAGUGCUCUUCAAAUGCACUAUAGAACACACACAGGUGAACGGCCGUUCAAGUGUAAAAUUUGCGGACGAGCCUUUACAACAAAAGGUAAUCUCAAGACUCACAUGGGUGUUCAUCGUGCAAAACCACCGCUACGUGUAUUACAUCAGUGUCCCGUUUGUCAUAAAAAAUUCACAAAUGCACUUGUUCUUCAACAACACAUACGAUUACAUACCGGUGAACCUACAGAUUUAACACCAGAACAAAUUCAAGCCGCCGAAGUUAAUGAAUAUCCUGGUUAUCCUCAUAAUCCUUUAGCAUCAUUUUUACCACAAGGAUUUCCACCUCUUCAUCCAGGUGGGCCAGGAUUUUUAGCCUUUCCACCACCUCGACAUACAAUGGAAAGGCAAUCACAGGAGAGCGAUGAAACAAAAGACUUACAUCAAAGAUUUCAAGACGAGCAUAUAGACGAUAUGGAAGAUCCCGAUGAUGAAGACGAUGAUAGGCGUGAUGAUGAUGAAAGGUGCGCGGAAUCACGAGAAAGGCGAUGCAUCGAUGAAGAAGAAGAUGAACAUGAAGAAGAACACGAGGAACCUGAACAAAAGGAAAUACCAAUAAUUCCUUCGUUUUCAACAUCAUUAGCGGCACUUGAAAAUCAAGUUAGAACAAUAACAACAAUGGCUCAGGGACAAAUGAAUUCUGUUAGAUCACCACCACCACCGCCACAACCACAAAUUCAUCGAUACAAUGGCAGUGAAAAAAGUAACAGUCCACCUGGUAUUGGAGCACCAUUAGAUUUAACACCAAGAGCUUCAUCAACGCCAGCGUCUGUAGCUUCAGCAACGACACCACCUCCACCACUACCACCACCACCACCACUAUCAUCACUUCAAACCACACCACAUCAUCCUCAUCCAUUCGGAAUGUUUGCAGGACUUUUACAGGCGGUGUCAUCAUCGCCAUCAAUGAAUACCAUGGGAACAAGCAUAAAUAGUGUUUCACCUAUGAAUGCAGUCAGUCCUGGCAGUGGUGGUGGCGGACCUUUAGCCUCCUUAACAACGUCAGCCGUUUUGGCAGCGACCUCGACUUACAAUCCGCUUGGCCUAGCUGUCGGAGGGCCAGCAGUACGUGGCAACACUACGUGUAAUAUCUGCUACAAGACAUUUGCGUGUAACUCUGCAUUGGAAAUUCAUUACCGGAGCCACACGAAGGAACGACCUUUCAAGUGUACCAUCUGCGAUCGAGGAUUCUCAACCAAGAGUGACGGAACAGUGAUAGAAUCAUGCUCAUGCACUGAGCAGGAAAAUGGAUUAUCCACAAGAACAUCAACUACCGUUAAAUCCGAACUUCCAUACCAAACGUUAUCAGCACAACCGCCAUCGAUAGUAUCGACCAAAUCACGAGAGAAGCCAAAACGCAGGAGACGGAGGCCCGAGGAUCGUAAGAAUCGGGGGCGGACUGGGACUGGAGAGGGGCGGGGACUGACGUCUACCUAUGCUGCAAUCUAUGGGGACGUACGCCUGCCCCCACUGAUGCCCCCCGCCCUCGGACUUCUAACCUCGGACCCCGUAUUCCUGGGCAACAUGAAGCAACACAUGCUAACUCACAAAAUCCGGGACAUGCCUCCUCAUCUAUUUAGUGAUUCCAAGCCACCAACUCAACAGCAUCAACAACAACAACAACAACCACCACCACUACCACCACCACCAUCAUCACUUCAAGAACAAGAAAGUUCAACAAGUCCAAUGUGUACUGACGAGUCUAGUUUGCCUCCACCACCACCUCCGCCUCCUCCACCUCCACCACCAAUGCCACCAACAACAGUUGAGUCCAUAGUUCCAGUAAAGAGAUCGCACACUGAAACUGAACUAUCAGCUCCAAAAAGGCCACACAGCAUGUCCAGCAAGCAUUUGUGCCAGGUUUGCAAUAAGAAUUUCUCCUCAUCAUCGGCUCUACAAAUUCACAUGAGGACGCACACUGGUGACAAACCAUUUAGAUGCACCGUCUGCCAAAAGGCCUUCACCACCAAGGGCAAUCUUAAGGUUCAUAUGGGCACGCAUAUGUGGACCAACGGAACCUCCAGACGAGGACGACGAAUGUCACUAGAUCUUCCUCCCCUACCCAUCACGCCCAAGGACUCGGAGUUUCUUCAACGAAGGCCGGAUCUCUUCUAUCCUUACCUACCCACGCCAUUCCUUAACGGAGUUCAACAAAAGCUGAACGAGAUUUCGGUGAUUCAAGGAAGCAAUGGUAUGCCAGUUCAUCCAGUUAAUGCAAGUAAAUACGCUGGUAUUUUUGGUUCAGUAUACAGCGGUGGUUUUCCACUUGAAAAACAACCAAUGACACCAAGUAACGGUCCAUUAUUGGGUGAUACAAAAUCAGCAUUAGCCUCUGGAUCAAUGUUAUUUCAAACACCAUCACCAGCCCAUUCACCUGGUGCUCCAUCAUCAAAUACUGGUAAUCAAAAUUCAGCAAGUAUGCCAGCAUGGAGUGGUGAACCUCUACAGCAUCACUAUGAACGUGAUACACCAUCAAGAACUGAGAGCAAUGCAACACCACCAUCAGCACGUUUACCACCUCCACCUGCACCAAGAGGGGAAGGUCUAGCCGCAUGAAAAUUUUGCAUUUCCGUUCCUCGCUACAUACCCUCAAAAAUUUGUUCCCGCUGAUUUUCUCUUUUUUUUUGAGAAAAAAAAAAUAAGAUUCGUGAUUCCUUGUCUAUCUCCGUCCUGCUAGGAAUGUGAAAAUGAAAAUUCCGGAACUGAUCAGGGACUUUAAAUCACGCAUUUUAAAUAUCAGUUUAAGUGUUUUAAAAAAAGGUGUUUCCGCAUUUUCCCCCCGCACUAAAAGGAACGCCAAAUUGUUCCACAUAUAUACAUAUAGUCUUCCUUAAAUAAUCUAUUAACGAAAAUUGCUAUACUCGAGGCUAGUUUCAAGAGACAUAUCCCCCCCGAACGGUUUUUGCAGCUGAAAGAAGACGUCAUGUUCCUAUUAUCACACUAGUCUUAACAUGUAAAAUAAUAAAAAAAAAAAACGAUCUUUCGAGAAAAGGAUCUGGGAUUGUUUCGAAAUUAUAUAAAUAAAAAUUCAGUCAAAUUGAUUGAAUUCAUAAUAAACGAUUGUCAAUCCGUUCGAUACUGGAGGCGAUUUGCGGCGCCUAGACUGAGCUCUCUGUUUAUAUUAACUUUUUAGACAGUUAAAGCCACAAGACAUGUGGUGCCGUGCUUAGUAAUUUUUUUUUUCUUUCGUUCAGCCUCCGUAUCAGGACCGUCCAAAAUCGCGAAAAGUGAUGGUCUCGCUUAGGAUUCUAGUUGUCAAACAACAUAUGAUGCAUAUAUAGUGCAUAUAUAAAUACAUGUGCAUAUGGAAAUAUAUAUAAUAAUAAUAAUUGUAUACAGAAUGACCAUAUAAAAUGAAUUUUUUUUUUUUGAAUAUAAAAUUCGAAUAUAUACAACUAAUAUGGUGAUUCUGUAUACCAAGAGCAAAUGUCUUGUAUACAAUUUCGAAAAAAAAAGAAUGUGUGUGUGUGAGAGAGAGAGAAAGAAUAAAUGAAUGAAUUUGUACGCAGAAGAAAGAGAGAAUAUUAUUUCUAAUAGAAAUUUAAUGUAGACGCGGGCCCGGCAGCGCCCCUCGCUGUGAUAUGAGAGGAGCAGCCUGCAAUCACUAAACCAAUGUACUUAUUUCCUGUAUCAUAGUAUUAUAUAUUAUAUUAUAUUAAUAAAUUAAUUAUUAUUAUAUUAUUAUUGUGCGUGAUGUAACGCGACAUUUUUCGUACAUACACACACACAAACACAUCAACGUAAAUUUACGUACAGACUCAGUUUGAUUGGAAGGAGUUUUUUUUAGAACUCAAUUUCAAAAAGUCUAAUAUGUUUUAAGUUCUAAGUCUAUGCUUUAAAUUUUAUGCCUUAAGGCCAGGUCCAAGUCGAGUCAGCUGUUCCUUUGAAGUUUCAAUGGAACAGCUGACAUGACUUGGACCUGGCCUUAAAUAUUAAGUUAAAACAUGAUACUUAAGGCAUAGUUUUAAUAUAUACUUAAAGCAUAUAAUAAUUAAGACUUAAAGUCUUAAGUCUUAUGCUUUAAGUAUUAAGUCUUAUAUGCUUUAAUUUUUAAGUCUUAUUAAAUCAUAAGGUUUAGUCUUAAAACAUAAGACUUAAUGUCUUAAAUCUUGUGCCUUAAGUAUUAAGUCAACAAUGCUUAAGGCAUAUUUAAAUAUUAAGUUAAGGCAUUAUAAGACUUAAGAACCUUGACACCUAACCUUAGAACUUAAGGCAGAAAUUCUUAAAUCUUAUGUAUUAAGUUCUAAGUCACACUCUCUAAAUCUGAAUUAGUCACUUUUAACUAAUGCGCAGAUUCGAUCAUUAAAUAAAUUAGUAACUUUUUUGACUAAUUUUUAGUCAAAUAUGACUAGUUGGUAGUAGAAAACUACUAAUUCCACUAAUUUUCAGUCAAAAAUGACUAAUUAGUAGUAGAAAACUACUAAUUCUACUAAUUUUCAGUCAAAAAUGACUAAUUGUUAGUAGACAACUACUAAUUCAAUUAGUAAGGUUACUGCUUCAAUUAGUAAACUUGAAUAAAUGAAUUAGUAGUUUUCUACCAUUAAUUAGUCUUUUUUAACUAAAAAUUAGUAGAAUUUGUAGUUUUCUACUAUCAAUUAGUCAAUUUUUGACUAAAAAUUAGAAGAAUUAGUAGUUUUCUACUAUAAAUUAGUCAUUUUUAACUAAAAAUUAGUCAAAACGGUUACUAAUUCAUUUAAUGAACGAAUCGGCGCAUUAGUUGGUAGUAGAAAACUACUAAUUCUACUAAUUUUCAGUCAAAAAUGACUAAUUGGUAGUAGAAAACUACUAAUUCUACUAAUUUUUAGUCAAAAAUGACUAAUUGUUAGUAGAAAACUACUAAUUCAAUUAGUAAGGUUGCUGCUUCAAUUAGUAAACUUGAAUAAAUUAAUUAGUAGUUUUCUACCAUUAAUUAAUUAUUUUUAACUAAAAAUUAGUAGAAUUAGUCCUUUUCUACUAUCAAUUAGUCAUUUUUAACUAAAAAUUAGUCAAAACGGUUAGUAAUUCAUCUAAUGAACGAAUCGGCGCAUUAGUCAAAAGUAACUAAUUCAGAUUUAGAGACUAUGCUUUGAAUCUUAUGCCUUAAGUAUUAAGUUAAAACAUAAUACUUAAGGCAUACUUUUAAUACUUAAAGCAUAAUACCUAUGGCUCAAAGUCUUAAGUCUUAUGUUUUAAAUAUUCAGUCAAUAAUGCUUGAGGCAAAAUACUUAGAAAUGCCUUAAGUAUUAAGUCAAGGCAUAAAACUUAAAACAUAAAAUUUUAAAUUCUAUACACGGAAAAGAAUCUUUUUCUGCAACAGCGAUAUGUUUCUCUAGAAUAGCAAAAACUUUCUCUGUUUUAAUGAAACAUAUCUUUAUUCCAGUGAAAUUUUUCGUUCUUCCAGGUGAAGAUUUUUUUUCCGUGUAUACAUUAAGUAAAGGUAUAUAAAGUCCUAUAAUCUUAUGCAUUCACAGAAAAUUAAAAGGCAUUAAAAUAAGUUGCAACGCUUAUUAUUUUAAUCCAAUUUUGCUUAUUUUAAUACCAAAAUGUAUUAAAAUAAGCCAAAUUGGAUUAAAAUAAUAUGCGUUGCAGCUUAUUUUAAUGCCUUUCAAUUUUCUGUGUUGAGUACUAAGUCAAAUAGUGCUUAAGGUAUAAAAAAAAGGUUACAACAUUUAAGACUUAAAGUCAUUAUUCUAUUUAUUUAUAUAUAUUUUUAUUUUUAAAUCUCAACACUCUACUACCAAUCAUUCUUGAGUAUGUUAUGUUAAUUUAUAGUUGCGUACGAAUGUUGAUUCAAGUCUGAUGAAUUAUUUUUGAGGCUUUUUCCUUAUUAUAAUUUUGCCUGUGCCUAGUAUACGAACUUAACCGACCAAUGAACCAGUGAUUCAGUUUAAGAAAAAUCAUACAUAUAGUGAUAAACUUUUGUUAGAAAAUUUAAGUACGAAACGUAUGCGUACUACUUUUAAAUCCACCCUCAGUUUUUUUUUUUAAGAUACUUUUUUGGUUGCAUAAUGUCACCAAUAUAUAUGUAUACAUCAUUUAUGAGUGUGUGGCUAUAAUCUGUUUUGCAUUCCCUUUUAAAAUAUCAAAAUUUUCUAUAUCGCGAGUGAAUAUACAAAAAAAUAAAGAGACUGAAAACAAAUCUUUUACAUAUAAAUAUAUAUAAUAUCAAAUCAUAUAUUUCGGAAAUAGAAAACAAUGAUUCCAUAUAUUUGUAACUCGCGGUAAGAGAAACUUGCAUUUCCUAUAUAAUUGCCUAUGUGUAUUUCGUUUAAAAGGGGACAUAUUUUUUGUCAGAGAAUGAAAAAAAAAAAAAAUACUCAAAGUAUUCGAUAAAAAUAGAAAAAAAAAAUGAGGCACGGACACAAUUAGUUAGAAAGGAUAAUGUAAAAGUGAAAUUUAUUAAUUAGUCAUUAUUUAUUGAGCUUAUUUAAAAAAAAAAAGUCAAUCGUAUUAAUUUUUUCGAGCAUUUACGAUAUCAUGUGAUUUACGCGAUACCAAAAAAAAAAAAUUAAAAUUAAUGAAAUACAUGUUCCAUUACCGUGGUAGGAAUCUUGAUUUCAGAUAUAUAGCAUAAUGUGUUAAUAAAUUUUUUUUUUAUAUCGUUUGUUAAUUUUACUUCAAAAUUAGGUUAUAACACUCGCGGUCCCAGUUUCGGUUUCCUUCUUCAGUAUGCGCAAUGUUUGUGUAUUCUGCUCUACAUGCAGAGAUAUAUCUAACACUGUUUAUAUUAAAAAAAAAAAAAAAAAAAAAUGAAAAAAAAAUGUAAAAACACUAUCCACGUGUGACUGGAAGCAUGCAGUUCGGCUUGCAAGGCGAAUUUAGUAUUUUAAAACUUCCUGUGUUAAGAUUACGAAAUGCAGACAAAUUUUUUUUUUAUAUAUUUUCAUUUUAACGAAACAAAAAAUAAUUCUUAAUCCCAGAUCGCCUUUCAAGUUGAGUUUUGGGCAUAAUAUAUGUACGACACGAAAGCAUAUCGACAUUUUUGUAUUUAAAAAAAAAAAAAAAAAAUCCAAAAUAUAUUUAUACGUUGGUAUAAUUGUAAACGAAUUCCGAGACAUAAAACAUGUAGCUUAGUAAUCACUGUCAAAUGUACAAUAUCCAUUAAUCACAUGCAAAAGAACAUCAAAAGAAAAACCAUUUUUUUUUUUUGAAGUAAAUAUAUAUAUUGUAGUCGAAAAUCUUAUAUAGAACGAAAAAAAAAAAACAUCACUAUGGGUUGGUAUAGAGAAAUUUUUUUGUUUUUCAAAACCAAAAUUCGUUUUAAUUUUUUUGAUCAAAAAAAAAAAAGAAAGGUUUUGAAGAAAAAGGACAUUCCAAAAAUUGUGGACUGAAUUCUACUUUGAUGCCUAUUCGAUAAGAGAAAAUUGUAUAAAAAAUGAAAACGAUAGUAACAAAACAGUGCAAAAAAAUCAACUCAAGUGCAAAAAGCUAUCAAUUUCAAAACUCUCAUUGUCGAAAAGGCCUCGGAAUGUGCUUAUAUAGUCAUGAUCUCACGAAUAAGAAAGUUCCUCAAUAAUUCGCGACUAAUUAUUGAGGAUUAAUUUUAACGAAUUUAUCGCAGAGAGAAAAAAAAACUUCAAUAUGUAUCACAGCUAUCAUUAUAAACUUGCAAAAAAAACGCUCAUUUUUAAAAAUAAUAAUAGAAUAUCCUUCUGCAAAAUCAAAUCUGAAUUUUCUUAAGAAAAAAUAGAAAAAAAAAAAAUUACGAAAUGAUGAAUAGGAGAGAAUUCUCGAUAUGUACAUGCGGAGCAAAUUAAAAGGCAGAUAGCUAUAUAUAUAUAUAUACAAUACACAUAUAAAUAUAUAUAUAUUGUAAAUAGAAAAAAAUAUACAUAUUGAAAACGUGUGCGCAAACAUAAGAAGUUGAUUAAAGAACCUUUAUUGACCGUCUUCGAGGCAAUAUAUAUAUAUAUAUAGUCGAUAUGUACACGUUAAUGCAAGUAAACCUACCAAGAUUUACACGAUAAGUAGCAUUAUUGUAACAUGUACGUACUAUGUACAACGCAAGAUUAUGUUAGUGGGUCCGCGCGCAUUUGAUCAUGCAGCCUGAUUUAAUUAGGUUUUUUUGAUCUCGCGAUUUAUCAUAUAUAUAUAUAUAUAUAAUAUGCAGUACAACGACUAUACGUUCUGUGAAUAUAUAUAUAUACAUAUAUAUGAUUGUGGUCCGCUCGUUGUCCAAAAAAAAAAAAAAAAAUGUUGCUUAUAACGACAUUAUGUUUCUUGUAAAUAUUGUAUAAUCCGUGUAUAAAUAUGACUCUAUUAGUUAUGAACGUAUCAUUGUAGUUAAUUACGUUAAAAAUCAUUAUAUCUAUAUCACUUCAACAAUAAACCAUUAUUAUAACAAUGAA